UCCUGGUAGUAGGUGCGCACCCUAACCAGCCAGUCCAACAUGGCGGCGUUGUCUUCACCUCUCCGCCUUUGCCGAGGGAUCCUGAGGGAGAUACGAGCGAUUAAAGGACCGGAAUACAAACAAUCUCUGGCAUACAAUUAUGUUUUAGAUCAAUUCCGUAAAAACCAGAUCACCGGGGAGAGAUAUUGUCGUGCCCAGGAGGAGGCCCUCCAUGCUUCGCACAGCUACCUCUGUCUGCUCACCUCCACCCGGCAACACUUGGCUCUCUACGACAUCUACCAUGGGAAAGGGCAGCGUGACACAGAGGAGAUGGCGGGAAUUGUGGGGCUCAGGCUGCCCACCCAGCCUGGAGGGAAGGGCUGGGAGAAGUGAGAGAAGGGAAGGGAGAAGACGCUCAUACCACACCAAAGGGUUGUAAUCAUCACACUGGACCUAAUGCUAUUUUACAAAACAGAGGAAGAUAUGAAGGCUGCGAUGAACAAGGACUGUGAAUUGUGAUUAUACAAGGGAGGAUCAAAGCUAUUAGAAAUAUGAGAUUCCCAGCUCUCCCUACCACUCCAUGUCUGUCUGGAAACAAUGGCUGUAAUUAAAAUCUUUGUAAAUACAAUGGGACAAAUUUUGCCAAUUAAAGUAUUAAUCACUGUU